AUGACGCAGCGCACCCCGAGCCAGGUCGACCACCCGACCCCGGUGACCGACUACUCGUUCCCGUCGCUCGACUCGUUCCCUACACUCCGCAACGACGCCCUCCUCCGCUCGGCCCAGGGCACCCAGCCCCUCGCGCUCGGCACCCCGCCCCCGAUCUGGAUCAUGCGCCAAGCCGGUCGCUACCUCCCAGAGUUCCAGCAGGUCCGCCGCGACCACUCGUUCUUCACCGUGUGCCGCACCCCGAAACUCGCGUGCGAGGUCACCCUCCAGCCCAUUCGCCGCUUCGACGGCCUCCUCGACGCGUCCAUCAUCUUCUCCGACAUCCUCGUCGUCCCGCAGGCCAUGGGCCUUGAGGUCCAGAUGCUCGGCGGCGUCGGCCCGCACUUUCCCUCGCCCCUCGUCGACCCGCAAGACGCCCAACGCCGCGUCCUCGACCGCGACGUCGACGUCUUUGCCGAGCUCAAGUACGUUUACGCCGCCAUCACCGAAACGCGCCACAAGCUCGACGGCAAGGUGCCCCUCAUCGGCUUCUGCGCCGGCCCGUGGACCUUGUUCGGCUACAUGGUCGAGGGCGGCGGCAGCCGCACGUGGGAAAAGGCCAAGGCGUGGGCGUACAAGAACCCCGACAGCGCGCACGCCGUCCUCGACAAGAUUGCCCGCGUCUCGGCCCAGUACCUCGCCCACCAGGUCCAGGCCGGCGCUCAGCUCCUUCAAGUGUUUGACACCAACGCCGACUGCCUCACGCCGCACGGCUUCGACACGUUCAUCCUCCCCUACCUGCGCCUCCUCCCGACCCUCGUCCGCGAGCACCUCGCCGCGCUCCCCUCCUCCCCCUCCUCGGUCCCCUGCCCGCCCAUGACCGUCUUUGCCAAAGGCGCCACCUCGCCCGCCCAGCUCUCGUCCCUCUCGCAGUCGGGCUACGAGACCGUCGGCCUCGACUGGACCGUCUCGCCCCGGUUCGCGCGCACCCACACGUCAUCGCGCGUGGCGCUCCAGGGCAACGUCGACCCGUCGGUCCUGCUCGGUGGGAGCCCGGCCAUCAAGGCCGAGGUGCGCCGCGUCACGUGGGGCCCGGACGGGUUCCUCACCUGUGCGGCCGAGGGCGUCAAAGGUGGGUGGAUCGUCAACUUGGGGCACGGGAUCACGCCCGGCGUCGACCCGGAGGACGCGAGGUACUUCCUCGAGAGGGUCAGGAGGGAGUGCGCCAAGAAGGGCGUCGAUGACGAGCCGGUGCGUCGCCCCCGAGUCGCCCUCUUUCUCUCUCUUGCGGGCGGCGAGGGGCGCGCUCGAGAGGCGUGCUGCUCGGCGCCCUCGUCGUCUUCGAUCGUCGCCGGCACCGAAGCAGAGAACUGA